AUGCUAGCUCGUCUGCAGGAUUAUGUUAUUACACUAGAUGAUAUUCCUUCUAACGAAGAUAUUGUUAAUUUUGCUUUAUUUAUAGAUUAUGAUCCAGUUGUGUAUGAGAAAGCAGCCAAUGAUGAUCGAAAUAAUCCAGAGAUGGUUGCAAAGUUCAGGAAGAUUAUGACUAAGCAGUUUGAGAUGACUAAUAUGGAACUCAUGUCAUAUUUUUUGGGAAUUGAAGUCUUUCAGUUUGACAGUGGAAUUUUUAUAUCUCAAAAGAAAUAUGCAAGUGACAUUUUAAAGAAGUUCAAAAUGGAUACAACAAAGCCAAUUAUGACACCAGUUGAAGAAAAAUUGAGGUUGACCAAGGAAGGCGUUGGUAGAUAUGUGAAUCCCACCUAUUUUAAAGGUUUGGUAGGGAGUUUCAGAUAUUUGACAUCUACAAGGCUAGAUAUCAAUUUUGUUGUUGGUCUGAUUAGCGGGUUCAUGAAAAAUUCAUGUCAGUCAUACUUCCAGGCAACUAAGACAAUUUUGAAGUAUACUGGAGGCAUUCGUAGUGAUAGCAUUUUUUAUUCUGGAAGUGAUCCAGUUGAAUUGUUUGGCUACACAGAUAUUAAUUGGACAGAUGAUACAGUAGAGAGGAAGAGUACUUCAGGUUAUGCAUUUUUUAUUGGUUCUAACUUGUUUUCCUGA